AUGUCUCAAACGGGAGUCACUCCGUCCCCAGACACCCUUCCAUACGCAGCUUUAAAGCGCCAGCUCCUCUCCAAACCCACACCCGUUCUGCCGCCCCCGCCAUCAAGCGCGUCCCCGCCAACAUCCCACGCAAUAUCUUCGCUCUCACUCCACCCAUCCCUCGAAGCAGCUCUGCACCUGCUCAAUGACGACCUGCCGUCAGCGCAUUUUCUGGUGCGCAAAAUGCAGGCUGCGCCGAGAUGGGAGGCAAUGAUGCUGCACGGGAUACUGCACCGCAUUGAAGGUGAUUACGAGAAUACGCGCGCGUGGUAUCGUGAUGUGCAGGAUUCGGAAGUGUUUAGGCUUGCCUGGGGUCGUGAAGACGGUUUGGAGAGAGCGAUGGGCUUUGUGAGGCGGGUGAAGGUGUUGAGGAAGGAGAGGAAAGUAGAGGAUUCCAAGCAGGAGUUGAAGGAAUUGCAAGAUGAGAGUGGGAGGGAGAUUAGGGUUGUGAUGGAGUUUUGUGAGAGGGAGUUUGGGACGGGGAAGGUGGUCGAUGCAAGCGGAGUAUGGGUUCAGGAUGAGAAGUCUAAGGGGAAGGGUAGUGAUAUGGUGAUUGGUGGGGAAGGUUGGAGACAAUUUUGA